GGGAGCGGAGGGACCCAGAGCAAUAGGCGUUUACAAGGCUGCUACAGCAAUUAUGCUUCCUCAAGUAAGAGGAAGGAAUCCCGCGGGCAGCGUGAGACUUUCUCUUUUCACUAUACUGAGGAGUCCCUUUUCAGCGGGGAUCUAGACUGGUCGACGCGGCGGGCGUUUUGUCUUCCAGACUCCUAGAGGGGGAAAAAACCAGCACCUGACCGCUUUAUUCCCCGCACUUCGUAGACGGCGAAACACAGGGGGAAGAGGAGGGGCAGGAUGGAUGCUGUGGGUGACUUGAUGCCUACGCAAGUUCUUCCAAAACACAUAUUGGAUGUAUGGGUCAUUGUCCUGAUUAUCCUGGUCACCAUUGUUAUCAUGACAUCCUUAGUACUGUGCCCGGCAACAGUUGUGAUUAUUUACAGAGUGCGGACACACCCUAUACACAAUGGAGUUGUGUGAGACUUCCUUGGCUUUCACGGUGUGACUUCUUGUGAGAAACAUGAGGCUAAAGGGCAAGAGUUGACUUAUCAAGCUGUCUCUGAUAUUAAGCAGAGUGUAGAAGACACAACAGGAGAACACCAACCAGGGCAUGGCAGCAACAUCUGGACUGUAGUCACAAGAAGAAUUGUCAAAGUCUGCUUAUCCAUUCAGGCUGUAACUCUUAAGUUUUAAAUCCAGGACUUUAUCUCCAAUUGUGGAAUGCUCAGGUGGAUCAGGAUCCCAAAUUUCCUAUUUUGGUUUCUUGCUCUCUACUUAACAAAAUGUGUGUGUGUGUGUUUUUACUGAGCAAACUAAUCUGAAAGGCCAAGAAGAUGGUUGAAUCUGAUGCUGGAAAGGAAAUGCAAAAUAUAUCAUAAUAAAGACCUUCCGAUGGUUUCCAGAUGCAACUGCAUUAUAAGAACAACCUGCUUUAACUAUUCCAGUCAAAUAGCUAUUUCUUCCUGUAAGAACUGAAUGGGAUACUGUGGCCUCGGCCACACGGGCAGGAAAAUGCAGGGGGGAGGCGUGGCUGUUUGCCCUGGAGCAA